ACCUCCAGCCUCAGUUACUCUAAUUCUGACUCAGAAGACCAGCUUCCUUCCCUUUGUUUUCCUUCAAAGCAUGGCUCGCUGGAUGCCAUGUGCUUCUGAAGAAAGGCCUCACUCUAGGCAUGAGUUCUUACGGGGAAUUAACUUGUACAGAGCAUGGUAAGAUAACAGUGACUUUCCGUAGCAGGUACUGUAGUAUCUCAAAGUGUUCUGGAGACAAAAAGCCCCACCCACAGGUAUCUUCUGGCCUCUGUGCUCAGUGGCAGAACUAGACAAACACUGCAGGUCUCUGUCUUCUGCGAAGCUGCUAAAGGUGUUACUUCCAAGCAGUAAGAGAGUUAAAUUUACUCCAGAGAAUAAAUUUAACAUCCUUGGGAGAUGUGUCCAGGAGAAGCUGGCUUUUGUCCUAUAUCAUCUGCCUGUCAUUGAGGCCUGUGCUCCUGAUGGUUCCUCUCUGCUGUUCACUGAGUCACUGGUCAAUCUGGUACUGUUCUCCUCUGAGAGUGCCCAGAGUCUCUCCCCAUCUCCAUCCCCCUGCUAGGCAGAGCUAGCGCAGCUGGUUAGGACUGAGGGGAACAUCUGCAUGCUGAUAGCUGCAGCUGUGAAGAGGAGAGUGUCUGAAUGAAGAGUUGGGCAGUGGUACAGGGGAGAGCGGCCAGGACAGUCCCUGCCCCUUUGGUGCAGCAGCAGGGCCAGCAGCUCCCACCUCUGGCACGGUGGGUCCCUGGGUUGGCCACAGCUGGGGCACAGCAGGAUUUUGGCUGUUGAAGUGGCACAGCCAGUUCUGUUAUACUGCAGCAGGGGCAGAGAUGUAUUGUUGGGGCUAAAAAUAGACACAUACUUUCUGCUACUAUAUUUUUUUAGCUGUUUCACAGACUCUUUAAAAAGCUUUUGCCUACCUUAGAAACCAGAAGAUUUUCCAUCAAGCAAGAAGUGCUCUGUCAAGCAAGAAGUGGUCUGUCAAUUAGCUGCUUCCUUGCCUUGAUAACUGUAGGAAAGGCCAUCCAGCAUACAUGGCCUCUUUUCUCUGGCUUUUGGAUGCCUUGAACAAUCCUAGGGUUUGUUCAGUGAGCACAAGAGCCUCCGAGGUUUGUUUGAGGUUAGAGAAUCUGCUGUAUGUUUAAUUCACUUUGUCUCUUUUUACCUAGAAUCUUCUACGUGUCUCAUGAUUCUCAAGACCUGAAAAUUUUUAGCUACAUUGCAAGGGACGGUGCUAACAACUCCUUCAGGUGCAAUGUCUUCAAAUCUAAAAAGAAGAGCCAGGCCAUGCGGGUGGUGCGCACAGUGGGCCAGGCCUUCGAAGUGUGCCACAAGCUGAGCCUGCAGCACGCUCUGCAGAACGCCGACGGUCAGGCGGAUGGCGCCAGUGACAAGUCUGUGGAGGAGCAGCCACUAGAAGUUCACCAGAUGAAGGGCUCCAAGAUCACAGAUGUGGACGAGGUGGGCAUCGACACUGAUGGCAUCUGUGUGUCAGAGAGGGGGCCCGGAGAGCUGCCUACUGCCAGGUCUGAGCUCAGCAUGCUGAAGCCUGGACAGGUCUCAAAAGACAAGAGCUGCCAGGACUCUGAGAACUGCUCCCUCUACCCGUCCGGCUCCCAGCAACUGCUCAGCCCGAGCAGCCCCUGCUCCUCGGCCUCCAUCACCCCCCUGGCAUCUCAGCACUGCCUCCAGCUCCUCCAGCAGCAGCCCCUCCGCCAGCAGCAGCAGACGCAGGUGGCUGUGGCUCAGGUACCCGUCCUGCCCUCCCCUCGCAGCCUCCUCGGGCAGCAGGGUGGCCCAGCCGGCUCCUGGUCUGCAGCCACCUCCCUGACUUCCCCCUCGGGCAGCGCAGGCCCUUCUCCUCUCUCUGCUCCAGCCCACGGCCUGGCGGCGCUGGGAGGCUGCGUGCCGGUCAUCGCCAGUGCACGGAAAGCCAGGGCCGGGCAUCCUGCGCCACAGGCGCAUCAGGCUUGGGGGAGCUUAUGGCACUGCGCAACCACCGCUCUCUUCUCCUAGCACAUUCGGGCACAGAAAUGGCUAAACACGUAAACCGAGGCCACUCGCACGGGAUCGCAGAGGGACCCUCCACAGCCACCAGCUCCUUUCAUUCCACUCUUGACAGCUGUCCCAUAUAGUGCCCCUUCCCCCAAAACAGCAUCGGAGCAGGGAUGCACCCAGGAGACCCUGGUGCCCAGCCAGCUCCUGCGCGUGGUCAGGCACCUCCCCAUCCCCUCAACUCCUGCUCUUUAACCCCAGCUCAUUUGAUAUUGCUUGCGGGCAAUGAGCUCCCCCCACGCCAGACAGCCGUGGCGGGGGGUCUCUCUGUGGCCCCGGGGCAGGGGGACGCACCAAGCCCUGAGCUCUGUGGGGGCCGGUCUCACCUUAGGGGCUCACCCAGCCCCACGGGAGUCAGCGGGCGCGGGCUCACCGACCAGGGCCGUUGCAAAAAGUGUUUGCAAACGGGACGCCAUGGGAGCAGAGCUGAGCUUGCACCCACACCCUGUGCUCGGGGCACAAGGGAGGAGGAGGAGGAGGAGGAGGGCUGGCUGAUGCAUUCAUCGCAGCCUGGGAAGGCUGCUCCGGUGCUGCGUCAGCCCCCGGCCGCCCUCGCGCAUCCGAGAUUCCCCGCGGCUCUGACAGCUCCCCUGGGCUCCUGGAGGGCCCGCUCACACGAGGGUGCCCCCCCGCCGCCGCCCUGGCCCUGCGCCGGGCCCGCUGGCGCCAGGCCGUGCCCUGCAGCUCCCGCCCCGCAGGUGCAGCUGCUGAAGGACCAGCUGGCGGCCGGGACG